GAUGUUAGGUAGGAACGGAUGUUCGACUGUGUCCCACCCGGUAGGUUUUGGCCGGUGCACGCAGAAGUGUCUCUGCGGAUGUUGACGGAUUCACGUGUCGCGGUUCGUCUGUUGUAAAGUUGUCUCUCGUUUCGUUCAAUCGUCGGACUCACGGUUUCUCCAGGAUGUCCGCGUCUCUGCUGAGGAGAGGACUGGAGCUGCUCGGCAACGAUAUCAAAGAUGUCAGCAAAGGGAAGAAGAAGAAGAGAAAGCAGCAGACCCCCAGCUCAGCCACCGUGAUGGAGCUGGUGAGCACCAGGCGGCAGGGAGUCACCAAGCAGGUGAAGCGGCUGCAGGGCCGCCAGGGCGCCGGCAAGAGCAAAGCCACGGUCAAAAACAAGAGGAUCAAGUCUGCAGUGGAGGAGUUCAGGAAGAAGCAGGGGAAGAGCCACAUGAAGGCAAACCUCAAGUACUUUAUGGGAACUGUCUGCAAAACAACAGAUUCAGACACUUUGAAGAUCCAGAAUCACAAUUUAGGUAGACAGUCAAGGAAUCGCCCACAAAAACCUGCCAAGAAGCCCAAGGCAGCUGAGUCGUUGUUCACAGAGGAGGAGUUCCAGAAGUUCCAGAAGGAAUACUUUGGCAGGACGGUCGAGGAGAAGAAAUGAAACAAACACAAAGACACUGCAGCAUGAGAAGAGACAUCUGGGCCGCAUUGUGUGGAUCAUAGUGGAUUUCUGGACCAGGCUAUGAUCUGGAAGUUGGAUCUAGAUCACAUUUCAGAAAGAAAGAAAGAAACUGUGAGGAGAAACGCUUUUUUUUGCUGUUGGUGUUUGGACUUCAUUCACAGGGAGCAUUUGAUUUACCAGCAUGAGUUAUAAUGUGCUGUAAUUCAUCAAACAUGAUCGGCACUAGACGUUUGUUCUGGAUUUCUAUUAUCAAGAGUUUCAUUCCAAUUAUUUAGAACAUAAAUAGUUUGUGGUUCAGGAUUUAUUUCUUCAAAUGACUUGUUCAAGUUAUUAUGUUCAGCCAGUGGUUAGUUAUAAAGCCCAACUUCUGUGGUUUGGGUGAAGAAUUUCCAAUAGCUGUAUGUAUAAUAUAAUAAAGUUUGGUCAUCAUA